AUGGCCGAAUCGCGCCGAUUGCACGCUGGGGGUAAUGCGCGCUUCAUGAAAAGCGCCUUUGUUAAAGAGACACUCGGCGACGAUAUCUCGCAACAGUGCCUCGAAGAAGACCGCAUUGUCACAGCCAGAGACGACACACCAAUCACGAUACGUGUCUAUCGACCGAGAACGCAAACGACAGCUGGCGCUGGCUUUCCGGUCAUGGUAUAUGCUCACAGCGGCGGAUGGUGCUUGGGUGGUCUUGACACCGAGGAGUUCAUCUGUCGAUUACUCGUGACAAAGCUGCGCAUCGUGAUUGUCAGCGUUGCUUACCGGCUUGCGCCCGAGUUCGCAUAUCCAACGGGUAUUUACGACUGUUACGAUGUCAUCAAAUGGGUAGCCGCGAACUCGAGCAGUGUUGGCGGCGACCUUUCGAAAGGAUUCCUCACUGGUGGGGUUUCCGGCGGCGGUAACGUCACGAAUAUCGCGACUAUACUUGCGAGGGACGAUGCGCUACAGCCCGCGUUGACAGGCCAUUUAUACGUUUGCACUGGAAUGCCGUUUCAAUUCCGAAGUGACGGCGAUCUUAUAUUCCAGGUGUUUGGGGAUGAAUUGGCACAUAAGAACUCGAGUUGGGAAAUCUACAAGGAUGGACCGGUGGCUUCACGGUCGAUGAAUGAUUUCUACGGAGGUCUGUAUGAAGUCGAUGAGUUGAUUGCUGUGCGUUUGUCGCUGACGAAAGGCCUCCUGGCUGUUUAG